GUAACAGGACAGGCCGGCACCAGACAACUAGAGCUGCCCACCUCCUAUUACUUUCUUCCAAGCUGUGCCAAAGGGAGGAUGAGCCUGACAGGCAGAAUUCCAGUGAGCUGGACAGCACUGUGAAGGAGCUAGAAGCAGCCCCAGAGCCUUGAGAUGGCACCAAAAACCAAGAAAAGAUUGAAAGACUCCAUCGAUGAUGUCCUUGGUGACCUCCUGGGAGAUGAGACAACACCACCUGAGAAGCCUGUUAAACUAACGUCACGUGCCAGAGACCCCCCAGAUGUAGCCCAGGCACCCCCUCCCUCCGGGGGACCAAAGUCCCUCCUGAAAGACGAUGCCUUCAUCACCCUAGCAGGCCUGGCAGAAGCUGAUGCCGAGGUUUCAGACAUCUCUGAUGCAGACCCGCAGGCUCUGCUGCAGGCCAUGAAGGACCUGGAUGAAAUGGAUGCUGACCUCUUAGGUCUGAAGAAGUCAAAUCUAGCCUCUAACAAAAGGCCUGCAAAGGGCUCUGGGAAAGAAGAGCCGCCUAGUCCUCUUAAAACCGCCGGUGUGUUAACCGCCAAUGAGAAAGGAGAUGCCGUUCCCACCAAGGACCUACCUCCAUCCCCCUCCAGCUUUGGGCGUCAGUACAGGAAGUUUUCCUUGGAAGGUUCGGAAGACCCCCUGGCAGGACUUCUCUCUGAUGAUGAGGAAAGAAUCCCCAAGAAGCUGCCCUCCACGGAGACGAAAACCUCUUCCAAAAAGAACCCAGCCCCGGUCAGAGAUCACGGGCCCUCUAUCCCUCUAACUCCUGGGGACACUCCGGUCCGAAAGAAAGAAGAGUUGCUCUUUGACGAUGGGGACGACAUCAUGGCCACCCUGGGGUUUGGAGACAGCCCCAAGGCAGAGGGGAGGCAGGCGAGCGACCAGGAAGGGCCCCUCCCUGCCCGCUCCAAGCUGGAUGAGCUGCUGGGUCGGGGCCCUGCCUCCAAGCUCCUGGCCCGGCCAGGCACCGGCGAGCACAGGGAAUUCAAACUGGACAAGAAGUACCAGCGGCCACAGGACAAAGACACCUGGGGUGACGAGGACUUCACCUUUGGGGCCUACCAGCCCACCGUGGGCUCCUCCGAGGGCCGGCAGUCCCGCCGGCAGUCUGUCAGUAGGUUCUUAGAUGGCGGCACAGACCUCAAGGGAGAAGCAGGCUCCAGGCAGAGCACCCCCACAGCCUCCAGCCCCACCCAGCCCAGGAGGGGAGGCGCUGACUGGCUGGGCCUCAAGGACGACGUCUCGGACCUGCUCCCCCCAUCCCCAGGCAGGGAGGCUCGGAGGCGCCCCCCUCCUGCGAGCCAGCAUUCCGCCCCUGUCCGCCACUCUGCCCCGGCCGGGCCGCCCUCCUCCUUGGGGACAAAAACACCCACCGAGGGUACUGGCCCUCCUGCCAGAGGCAGCCAGCCUGCGGAGCCAGGAGCAUCCGAGAAGGAGGCAGGCCAGGACUGGCUGAGCCACGCGCUGUCCCGGAAGAAGGCCCAAGGCCUGGCCAGAGAGGAGCGCGCCGCAGGCUCUGAGGGCCGGCACUCGGUGGGGGCAGCUGGCCGGCCGCCUUGCCACAGCCAGCCUGCUGCCAGCACCCAGGAGCUCGAGCCAGCAGCCGCCGGGGAGAUCCCAGGGACAGCAACACGGGGGCCACGGUCCCCGCCUGCCCCCUCUGGGUCCCCUGUGACUUGGAACAAGGCCACCUUGGCCCUCCAUGCAGGUGACCCUAAGAGGGGACGAGCCCCUGGAGACCACUCUGGCACCGAGCCUACAGUUGUUUUCCCGAAUUCCCAGGAACCCUCAGGGCCUUCUGUGCCUGUUCAGCCACAGGCCAGGAAUGGAGCCUGGCAGGUCAGAGGUGAGCUCAGCUGGGCUCCUGUCCUCUACCUGACGGGGCACGUCCCUCCGCCUCUCCUCCAGUCCAAGCUCCCGGAGUCCCUGGCCCGGAGCCUGCUGCCCGGCCCCGAGUACCAGCACCAGCUCCUGGUGGCACAGGCUCAGCUUCAGAGCGGCACUGCCGAGCUCCAGGCCACCCUCCUGCAGAGUCAGGCCCGGCUGGCGGAGCUCGAGGCCCAGGUGCGGAAGCUGGAGCUGGAGCGGACCCAGCACAAGCUGCUGCUGGAGAGCUUACAGCAGCGGCACCAGGCCGACCUGGAGCUCAUCGAGCAUGCUCACAGGAGUCGAGUCAAGGUGCUAGAAACAUCAUACCAGCAACGGGAAGAGCGGCUUCGGAGAGAGAACGAGGAGCUGUCUGCCCAAUGUCUGUCUCGCUGCCAGGAGGCCGAGCAGGCCCGCGCUGAACUCACGGCCCAGCACCAGCGGCGCUUGGCGGCCGCUGUGCAGGAGAAAGACCAGGAGAUGGAGCGGCUCCGGGAGCUGCAGCGGGCCUCCAUCCUGGAGAUGCGCAAGGACCACGAGGAGCACCUGCAGCGGCUGAAGCAGCUGAAGGACCGGGAGAUCGACGCCGUGACCAGCGCCACCUCCCACACAAGGUCCCUGAACAGCAUCAUCGAGCAGAUGGAGAAGUUCUCCAGCAGCCUACACGAGCUGUCCUCCCGCGUGGAGGCCUCACACCUCAGCACCUCCCAGGAGCGGGAGCUGGGGAUCCGGCAGCAGGACAAGCUGCUCCAAGCGCUGCAGGAGAGGCUGAGCCGCCAGCAGCGGGACAUGGAGGAAGAGCGGAGCCGGCUCCAGGAGGUCAUGGGAAAGAUGGAGGCACGCCUGGGCGAGCAGAGCCGGCUGCUGGAGCAGGAGCGCUGGCGGGUGCACGCCGAGCAGUCCAAGGCCGAGUCGGCACAGCGCGCUCUGGAGGAGCAGAGGAAGGUCAUGGUCCAGCAGACAGCCAUGGAGCGGGAGGAGUUGGAGAGAGCCAAGAGCGCCUUGCUGGAGGAGCAGAAGUCCGUCAUGCGUAAGUGCGGGGAGGAGCGGCGGCGCCUGGCGGCCGAGUGGGCCGAGUUCUUCGCGCAGCAGAAGCUGAGUAAGGAGCGGGCCGAGCGCGAGGCGGAGCGGGCGCUGCAGGUGGACGCCCAGCGGGAGGGCACCCUCGUCAGCCUGGCCAAGGAGCAGGCAGAGCUGAAGAUCAGGGCCAGCGCGCUCCGGGCCAAAGAGGACCAGCUGGCAGCCGAGAGGGAGGCUCUGGAGUGGGAGAGGCAGGAGCUGCGUCUGGAGAAGGAGCGGGUCAGCGCCGCUGCCCAGCGCAUGAGGCUGCGCGCCGAGGAGGUGGAGAGCAUGAGCCAGGUGGCCUCGAAGAAGUACCAGGAGGGGGAGCGGGCCCUGCGCGAGGCCCAGCAGGUGCAGUCAGAGCAGCAGGCCCGGCUGCAGCUGGUGCAGGAGCAGCAGGAGCGGCUGCGGCAGCAGGAGCGCCACGUGCACCAGGAGCAUCUGAGUCUAGCCCAGCAGCGGCUGCAGCUGGAUCGUGCCCGACAGGACCUGCCCGCCAGCCCAGUGGGGCUGCUCUCCAGGGCCCAGGACCCCGCAGCCUCUGGCCUGAGUGCCACGGUGGCACCUGCCCCCGCCGUUCCGCAGUGCAGCCAACCGCUGGUCGGCCUGGGCCCCUCACACCUCUACGCCAAGCUGGUGCUGCUGAAACACACAGCUGAGCAGGACCGCGACUUUCUGGAAAACGAACAGUUCUUCCUGGAGACCCUGAAGAAAGCCUCCUACAACAUGGCAUCCCACUCGUCCUGAAGGCCCAGCUGCCUCCUCAGACCCUGCAACUGACCCUCUGGCCGCCAGCUGGAAGCAGGGGCGCCCGGGAGAGCCCCUCGAUGCCCAGGGCCUAAUUACAGCUCUUCCUAUGAACAGGGUGCCAGCGGGUUCUUGCAAGCCCUCCAGCCCAUGCUGGUGGGUUAGGUGGGCGCACCCAGGCCCCUCAGACACCCCGGGAGGCAGCGGCCUCUGGGGAGACGCCACGCUGAGGGCACGCAGCCCCAUGACACGGUCAGCGGCAGCUGUGGGUCUGCUCCGCACAGGCUUCCAGCCCAGGACCCAGGGUCUGGCUGGGCUCUGUGGGCCCCUCGGCUGUGGAUGGUUUUAGAAUCUUUUCACCUGGGUCUCUCCUGAGGCAGUGGGCUUCUCUGCUCCCUUGCCACAAGGAAUGGCUGACAGAGAGCAUGGGGUCUCCCUGCUGGUAGGGAUGUAGAGUCGGGCCACACGUUACAGGGCCGCAGGGGCAAGGAGGGCGCCAUGCCCGGCACUUUUAUGUCGAGCUCUGACAUGCUCUUGGGGCUCAGCCAGCCCAUCCUGCCCUCAGGCUGGCACACACAACCUGUGCCUCGUUCCCAGCUGCCAGGGCAAUUGACUCACUGGCACAGACCCUGGGCUCAUCGGCUUCUUCUAAUACACUCCCCUGAGGGUGACAGGAUGUGGGGAAGGAUGGCAGGCUUUCCUCCGUGCUGCUCCCUGGCCACAGAAGCCCAGUGGGUGGGAACAAAGAUGACAGAGCAAGCCCCUGCCUAGGAGGGUACAGAGCGCCUGGCUGCUGCCCGAGGUUGGGGGCAUUGCCCUUCUUCAUGUACGGGCAGAGGGCCAGGGCCCUCCAGAGCGGCACCAGGAGAGGGGUGAGGGGGUUGGUAAUUGUCUGCUGCCCAAGGACUCAACUAAUAAAAUCACAGUUACCAGAA